AAAGAGCACACACAUUGCACUUAAAAAUGCAGAGAAAAUGUGAUGAAAGGGAGAAAGUUUUCUGCAGAAUGAAGAAGUUCUACUUAAGUCACAGAGUUAUCUUUGGUCAUCAACACUGAUAAAUAACUUAUUCAACUGCCUCAAUCAUACUUUUAACAGAUUCUGCUCCUUUGCAUGAGUUCUGCAUAUUGAAUUCUUCAACAUCAACACUCCAACUGCUUCAAAGUAAACUUGUCACUUUUGAUAGUUGUUGCCAAUUUGCUUGUUGAGCAGCCGCAUGCCUUGUAAACGUAUGGACUGUUUCCUCCAAAGCUAGAUUUUUUAUGCCAAUAUGAGUCUUCCACCACCAUGGCUCAAGACUUAUAAUGGUAUACUAGCUGAUGGAUUAAUAAUACCAACCACUUUCAAAAAGAAAUUUAAAUUGUCUCUUAGGAUAAUGACAAACAUAAAAAAUCUCAACCAAAACAUACCAGAAAAGGCUACAAUAGGUCACUGCAACAAGCAUGAGACUUAGACUGAAAAACUAACACAGCAGCAAAGUCGGCCAUUGACUCCAAGAAUCCUCCAAUUGGCUGCUUCGCAGCAAACUCUAAUUUCAUUCCUCCAUUUGCUCGAAGCCUCGAACCUGAUACUUGGUAGAGGCUCUGUAAGAAUGUCAGCAAGGUGAUUCUUAGAAUGGCUAUGAACCAGUAUCAUUUCUUUGUCCUGCUACACUUCCCUAGAAAACAUUUCGCUUUUGUUACACGUGUAAUAGCAUAGGCUUUCCCUUUUUAAAAAAUUGUUUACUGUACGAGGGGCGGAGGCUUAGAGGGGUGGUUUGGACCCAAAGCAGUCGGUAAGAUAUUAACCUUGCUGACAAUUUGAUUGAUUGCUGCUCCUUUUCUCGGGUGGGUCGAAAGGUAACAAUGUAUAAUGACUCCAUUGACACCUGCCCCAUGCAUUGGCCCCCACAUUCUAGGCUGGAUGAAUCAAUGCCUUUGCCGGAUUAACUAGAUUCCUUGUUGUUUGAUUGCUAAUCCGGAAGCGGAUAUCUUAAUGAACACCUGAUCUUAAUUAUGAAUAAAUCAUUGUAUAAAAGUAGAAAAUUAAGCUUCUUCACCCCCACCGACAAGAAAGCAAUGACGAUGUCUUUGCCUCUUCUUCUUUUAGUUGUCGUCUCCAUCACCAUAUGCUCCUCCGUGGCAGCCUCCGAUUCCGUCUAUGAAUCCUUUAUUCAGUGCCUAACAAGCCAUUCCAACCCAUCAGAUCAUGUCUCCAACAUAGUCUACUCUCAGUCCAGUUCUUCCUACAACUCUGUUUUACAAGCAUACAUCCGUAAUGCUCGUUUUAAUACUUCUGCCACACCGAAACCGGUGAUUAUAAUCACCCCUUUGCAAGAAUCACAUGUCUCAGCAGCCGUUAUCUGUUCCAAGAAGAUCGGUUUUCAACUCAAAAUUCGAAGCGGCGGCCAUGAUUUUGAGGGCAUAUCUUAUGUAUCUGACAAACCUUUUUUCAUUCUUGACAUGUUCAAUCUACGUUCAAUAUCUGUUAAUAUGGCAGAUGAAUCCGCUUGGGUUGAGGCCGGCGCCACACUUGGAGAACUUUACUAUAGGAUUUGGGAAAAGGGCAAAGUCCACGGAUUUCCUGCAGGGGUUUGUCCCACUGUCGGCGUUGGCGGGCACAUAAGCGGUGCUGGUUAUGGUAACAUGGUGAGAAAGUAUGGUCUCUCUGUGGAUCAUGUGGUGGAUGCUAAGAUAGUUGAUGUAAACGGUAAGAUUCUUGACAGAAAAGGCAUGGGAGAGGAUCUUUUCUGGGCUAUCAGAGGCGGUGGAGGAGGCAGUUUUGGUGUUAUUUUAGCUUACAAGAUCAAGCUUGUUCCUGUUCCUGAAACUGUUACGGUUUUUAAAGUUGAAAGAACUUUGGAACAGAACGCUACUGAUGUUGUUUACAAGUGGCAAUCUGUUGCUCCAACAACAGAUAACAAUUUGUUCAUGAGGAUGCUUGUGCAGCCAGCUACUUUAAACAAGCAAAAGACCAUCAGAAUUUCGAUUUAUGCACUAUAUUUGGGGCGUGCCGAUAAUCUUGUCUCUUUACUGGCUAAGGAUCUCCCUGAAUUGGGUCUAAAAAAAGAGAAUUGUUUGGAGAUGAGUUGGAUAGACUCUGCUCUUUGGUGGGGUAGUCUCAACUACGGUACUUCACCGAAUGCGCUGCUUAGUAGAAACUACCAUGUUAAAUUCAUGAAGAGGAAGUCAGAUUAUGUGCAGACUCCAAUUCCUAAAGAUGGGUUGGAAUGGCUUUGGAAAAGGAUGAUUGAAUUAGCAGAACCCGGGUUGGUUUUCAAUCCAUAUGGAGGGAUAAUGAAUGAAAUCAAGGCUACAGACACCCCAUUUCCUCAUCGAGCUGGAAAUUUGUUUAAGAUCCAGUAUUCAAUAAGCUGGAAGGAGACAGGAAUGGAUGCAGACAGAAAGUACAGAACUCUGGUUAAGAGGCUUCACAGUUACAUGACUGGCUUUGUGUCCAAGAACCCAAGAAGUGCUUAUUUGAACUAUAGGGACCUUGACAUUGGCAUCAGCGAAACUUGGACAUACCAAGAAGGUAAAGUUUAUGGACAGAGUUAUUUUAAUGGUAAUUUUGAGAGAUUGGUAGAUGUAAAAUCUGCUGUUGAUCCAGAGAAUUUCUUCAGGAACGAACAGAGCAUCCCCCCUCGUACAAGUAAGGCAUAGUGCUCUUCUGUAGUUUUGCAAUUGGAAGAUAUUUUCAAUGCAUAAGUGCUCUUUAAAGUUCCUUCAGAUCCAACUGCCAACUCUCACUAAAGCUCACACGCUUGAACUUUGCUUUUGCCAAAGUGGCCCUUGCUCUUUUUGCUGUCUUUACUUUGCCUUGUACUGUACCCAAUGGUCACUCACGCGGGGUUGGUGGCUACAGGGUCCAAAUCAGGUGAGGGUGAGACCAGAUUUCUGACAUCCAGGCAAGCUAUCAGCACACUGAUAGGACUGCUUUUCUGCUUGCUGGUUCUUUAGGAAUCAGGGGAACUAGUUGUGGGAUUCGACAUAUAUUUUCCAUUUGUUCCUUUUCUCUGUUGACAUGAAAAUGAAGCAAAUCAUUUACAUGCAAGGUUGAUAAAUGAUAAUCAUUUACAUUCAUCA